AUGCCAUUAUCAUCGGGUCAAUUGGAAGAGCUGAAUCUAUUUCAGCGUAAGGUUUACGAAGACGAGCCAAAGGAUCUGCUCCAGUUCGCCGCAAACUAUUUCAACAGAAGACUUGAACAACAAAGAUUCUUCGCUCGUAACCAAGAAUCGGUAGCCCUUUCCAAAGGUAUUGUGCUGUUUCCUUCCGCUACGAGGAACGAUUCGGUGGUGGCUUCAGGUCGUGCCGGCGUUGCAGGCCUACAAUCACAGUCCCAGGAUCAGCUUUUCAAAGCUUCGUUUUCGGAGACGACAGACCCCCAUGGCACGAGACUGCAUGAUCCCGCUCCAACAGCAACAGACGAGGCUGGACAUGCGCAGGAAGACACAGGGUUCGGUUCUGGUAUCUUCAAGAACGAUUUUCGAGUGAAUCAAAGCACGGAGAAGAACAUAAAAAAACCCUUAGACCCCAUGGCCCCCGCAGAAGAAGCCUCUGGCUCAUCUCCACAACCAUCCAACACUCCUAGAAGAUCAGUAGUCGCACCGAGGCCCCUACCCAUGAACUUUAAUGCACAGAGAAGAACGUCUGUGAGCGGAGAAACUAUGAAGCCAGAUAACCUAGACAACUGGAUUCCUGAAAACUACGCUGAAAAGUCCGGUUUACAGUUAGAGAGGCUAGAGAAGGCCAUCGGGCACAACUUUCUAUUCAACAAGCUGGAUGCGGAGUCUAAACGGUUGGUGAUCAACUCAUUGGAGGAGAAAGUUGUUAAGAACGGUCAAGAAAUCAUUAAGCAGGGCGAUGAAGGUGACUACUUCUACGUCGUGGAGAAAGGUACCGUAGAAUUCUUCGUUGGUUCUGAAAAGGUGAAUUCUUCCGGCCCUGGAUCUAGUUUUGGUGAACUUGCACUGAUGUACAAUAGUCCCAGAGCUGCUACUGUCGUAGCUACCACUGACUGUGUAUUAUGGGCUCUUGAUAGAUUGACGUUUAGAAGAAUCCUUCUAGGAAGCUCGUUCAAGAAGAGGGUUCUAUACGACGAAUUGCUGAAGUCGAUGCCUGUUCUCCGAUCAUUAACCACAUACGACCGUGCCAAACUUGCUGAUGCACUUGACACGGAAGUAUACCAGCCAGGGCAAAUAAUCAUUCGUGAAGGUGACAUCGGUGAGAACUUUUAUUUUAUUGAAGUUGGUGAAGCUGCGGUAUCCAAGGAGGGUGAGGGCAUCAUUGCACAUCUGAAGAAAGGCGACUACUUUGGAGAGGUUGCUUUGCUAAACGACUUGCCACGUCAGGCCACAGUAAAAGCCAUCAAGAAGACUAGGGUGGCCACUUUGGGAAAGAGUGGGUUCCAAAGACUACUGGGCCCAGCUGUGGAAGUUCUGAAAUUAAAUGACCCAACCCGAGUCGCUCACUAG